AUGCGUUCUGGUCGUUCUUCCGAUUUGGCUGUUGGCCACCAGGAGCUACCACUUACUGCCAAAGAAAAGUAUCAACAUAAAGUACUUUACCCGCCAUCCCAGACCGGAUUGGACUCCCAAGGACUCAUUGAAUUCGCGGUUCGAAUCUGUUUGCCUGAUUUUGUCUUCACGAAGAAAUCCGCCGACUCGGAGGAGAUUCGAGUGAAGACGUUGAGUUCAUGGUGUCUUCACCCUCUUGUUGGCUACUUUUUUCCUGAUGACAACUCCAUAGCCUUGUACGAAGAGCAUUGCUCCUUGCGAUCACCACGAACUUUGCCCUUCCUCCAUCGACAACCGGCCGUUUGCUUCUGGGGCCGCAAGGCCGGACUGCGCUACACCUGCGUCGAUCUCAUACCCGGAACGCUACUCUUUUUGGGGGGUUUUGACCUGACCUAUUUGCCCGAUGUUCUGCGUGCCUGCAUCUUGCAGACGGGAGGCAUACUUUGUGUGCGCAUUGUGCGUGUGGAUGCGCACUCCAGGCAGAUCUAUCUGUGA